UAGUUGUGGGGCUGCAGAGUGGACGGGACUUCCAGGGGAAAAGGAGCCUCCUGUCUUCUAGGGAAACUCAUUUUCUCUCACUUUUCAACCGGACCUGAUCCUCCCAGCUGCACCAUCGCCUCUGACAGACUGCCUCUCCCAACUCCACCACACCGCGAUCCGGACUUCACUGAAAAGCCUCCCGAUUCAAGCCUCCAUCCGCCAUUUUCAGCGGAUGGAAAGCAGGUAGAGCAUUAAAUAAAACCAAGUCCCCGGUCCCAAUAAACGCAGUGAGAAUCAUGGCUUUUACUGGGGAGUCAGUGGAGUGUCUGGAGGAAAUUCCUGCUCAUGUGUGGGAUGGUUUGCCAGACUACCUGAAUCUUGGACCAUCAGCUGUAAAUCCCAACCGCAUUGGUGUUUGGGCAACAAAGGUGAUUCCAAAGGGGAAACGGUUUGGUCCGUUUCUUGGAGAGAAGAAAAAGAGGUGCCAGGUGACCAGUAAUGUUUACAUGUGGGAGGUCUAUUUUCCAGCUCGGGGAUGGAUGUGCAUUGAUGCCACAGACCCCCUGAAGGGGAACUGGCUCCGAUACGUGAACUGGGCCCAUUCCAGUGAGGAGCAAAAUCUGUUUCCACUGGAGAUAAACAGAGCCAUUUACUACAAAGUUUUGAGGCCUAUCGGACCGGGAGAGGAGCUGUUGGUGUGGUACACAGUGGAAGACAACCCCGAGAUAACAGCUGCACUGGAGGAAGAAAGAGCCAGCAGAAGGAGCUCACCCAGGUCGAAACGAGCCAGAAAAAAGUUGGUGGAGAAAGCCAGACAGUCUGGUUUGGGUGGAUUCAAGAAAGCAAGUGGAACCAAAACUACUGCCAGGGAAAUGUGGGAGGGGGGAGACGGUCUGAAGGAGGAGGGUGAGAGACCAUCAGGGAACUCUCAGGAACUCUAUGAAGCCCAUCCUUCAGAAAACACAAACCACAAGCUUUUGCAGGACACUUCAGCAGCAGGGAUGGACCGGGAAAAUGAUGAGGAGGUGGAGGACGAGGAAGAAGAAGAAGAAGAGAAUGAUGACAAUGCACAUGAAAUGCAGCACAAAACCUCCAAGCAAUCAUCGCAGCAGUCCAGCCCGGCACUAUCCGCAAGCGGAGAAAGCCAUAAAGAACCACAGGAAAGUCCUCUGCUCGCACAGGGGGAUGGAGAUCCAGAGCAUGACCCCGAUGGGGAGCUUGAGGAAGACCUACCUGGAGAAUCAUAUCCCUGUGACCACUGUGAGCGCCACUUCACCUCCAGACAGGGUCUGGAGCGCCAUAUACACAUUCAUGGCAUCAGCAACCAACAAGCACAACUCUAUAAGUGCCGAUACUGCAAUAAGCCUUUCAGCUCACAAGUAGGGCGUCGACGGCAUGAAAGGAGACAUGAAAAUGGAUCAAAAAAGAUACUCAGCUCCCAAGCUGGCCUCCCUGGCCUCCUCAGUCCUGCAGUGCAGGCCGAUUUGAGUCCUGACUGCACUAGCCCAACCGGUCAGUAUAUAGCCAUAGGGUCUCAGUUUACUGGAGGACAAGUACAAAACUCUGAAAUGCAGAGAAAGGAGUUGGGACCCCAUGCUGAUCGUCCUUCAAUGUUUGAUGAAAACGGGGAGUCAAAGGAGCUCCAUCCCUGCAAGUAUUGUAAUAAAGCCUUUGGUACGCACACCAACAUGCGCAGACAUCAACGCAGAAUACACGAACGGCACUUACUACCCAAAGGAGUUCGUAGGAAAGGCAUGCUGCUGCAGGAAGCAUCAGUGCAGCAGGCAGGAGGGUCCCCCAGCACCAGCCCCCCUCCCGUCUACAUGCCCAGUGCGGACACAGAGGACGAGGCAGACCGAGACGAUUACGCCGUUGACAUAUCUAAAAACAUUUCCGAAAAUCUCAGCUUUUACAUUGACGGCAAGAUUGUGUCAACGAGUGCGGCGAGCAACUGUGAGGUGAUAGAGGUGGACACGAGGUCAGCAGCUUUGUUUGGGCUGGACACAGUCAUUAUCAGCCCAAAUCAGAUUAGCCAAGCACUGAAGGUGGAGGCCAGAGGUGCCGCAAAGCCGGUCCCAAGCCAUGAACAGCCUGCAGCAAAAAGGAGGACAUCAACACCCCCUCUAGUUAGUGGUCUGAAAGUGGAGACAGAAAUGGCUCUGUCACCUUCAUCAUCUACAUCUUCCUCAUCCAACUUGUUGAUGGGAGGACUCUUCCACCAAGAUUCCUCAACCCUUCAGAGAGAGAAAACCAUUUAUCUUUCACCUAAACUCAAACAGCUCCUUCAGACACAAGACUUCCAAAAAUCAACAAUAGCUCUUAUUACAGAGAGCCACAGAUUGGCUACGCUUUCAGGUGCUAAAGGAACGUAUAAGAGGAGGACGGGUUCUCCGCCUUCAUCCCCACAGCUCAGUCCUGCAGCAAAAAAUGAAAGCUGUAAUGCUGAGGCGACAGGUGGAAACAUCCUCAAAGUGCCAAAGCUGGAAAGCCACAGUGUCCCGCCUCCUGAAAGCGUACUGGACGAGGAUGGAGGGGAUUCUCUGAGCUCCUUCGGAAAUCAAGCCUCUGCUGGCGGUGGAGGAGGCUCCUUUAAUCAGCUGCCCUUGGAUCUGUCCAGCUCUGUCAGCAGGCGGAGCGAAGUUACGAACCAGGCCACCGGAGAUUCAGCUCUGGAUUUAAGCGUGCAUCGGAAAGCGCCAGUAGAAUCAGAUUUAAAGGGAACUCCAGCAACGCAGUCCCUGAUAAAAAAGAAAAAGCCAAACACUAGUAUGUUGGAAAAAGUGCUAAUGAAUGAGUAUGUGGGUCAAACCGUAUCAGGAGAGGAGGGGCCUUCGAGUCUUGGAAUCCUAAACUGUUUUCGUACUCAGUCACCAAAUACUGCGUCAGAGUCCGCCCACCCAUCUCCACCCUCCCUAACCCCGGUCACCAUAAACCCCUCUUCGCCCAGCUCCUCCAGUGUAACCUCUCCAACGCCGCCUCCUCCAGUCCUCCCCACCAUGCCAUCUCCUCCAACGCUACCUGGCUCUCCGCAGCCUCCGGAUUCCCCUGCACAGAGACCCCUUCCUAUCCUCUCACCAAAAAUGUCUCCAAAAUCUGAUGAACUUAAGGCUCCAUCGCAAACUAUUGAAAUCUUCUCAGCUGAGGAAAACAAAGAUGAAGAGGAGAGCCGUAAUUCUGAACCACAGGAUGACCUAAGCACUCCACUCAUAACCCCAAUGAGCCACUCGGUAGCACCAAGUCCUCCUAGGCCUACAUCAGUAGAUCUUCCUGCUGAGGAAGAUGUUUACGUUCCUCCUCCUUCAGUUUGUGACAGUCUAACAAAUGGCAGCUUAACCCAGGAUACUGAAACAGAGACCUCUGUGCAAGCGGACAUUGCUGCCGUCUCCCCUCAAGCAGAACUGCCAUCAUCUUCCAAAGCUGCUCCUCUUGCGUCACACAAGUCAUCUCCAGCAGCAGAUAUGCAGCCUCUUUCUCAGAUUAAAGUGAAAGAAGAACCUCUGCUCUCUGAGGACAACCUGUCAGUUGCCAACCACUCACCUCAUGUGGCUGCUGACUCCUCACCUCAGCCUGCUGCUCUCAAUAAACUGUCUGAUAAAUCCCCAGAGGCAGAGGAACCCGACUCGUCGUAUUGUAAGACCUUCGUGUGCAACGUUUGUGAGGAGCCGUUUGACUCUAUCAAAGAGCUCAGCGGCCACAUCACGAAUCACGCGGUGGACUGGCCCUUUAAAUGCGAGUUUUGUGUCCAGCUGUUCAGAGACGAGGUAGAUGUGCUAGCCCACAGGACCACGCUACAUGGGGUGGGCCGGAUCUUCCUGUGCUCUGUCUGUUCCAAAGAGUUUGCCUUCCUCUGUAACCUCCAUCAGCACCAAAAAGACCUGCACCCCAAUGAGUCGUGCACGCAUACUACUGUAGAGAGCGGCAAGCUCAGGCCACAGAAUUACACUGAUCCAUCCAGAGCCAAAGAGGAGAGUGCUCCCUCGACACCGGUGCCAGGAACCCCAAAUGAAAAUGAAUCAAUAGCGAAAGAGGAGGCUGAUGUAAACGGUAAUACCACGGAGGACCCCAACGUGGAGCUGUACACUACAAUAAAGAUCAUGGCUUCAGAGGGAGGGAAGCCUAAAGGUCCAGACGUUCGACUUGGCAUUAAUCAACACUAUCCCAGUUAUAAGCCACCACCUUUCCCCUACCAUAGCCGUUCCCACUCUGGCUCAGUGGCCUCUGCCACCAACUUCACUACUCACAACAUCCCGCAAACCUUCAGCACCGCCAUUCGCUGCACCAAGUGUGGCAACAGCUUUGACAACAUGCCCGAGCUACACAAGCACAUACUGGUCUGUGCCAACGCAAGCGAUAAGAAGCGUUACACUCCCAAGAAAAACCCUAUUCCUCUAAAACAAAUAGUAAGGAGCCCAAACGGGGUGGUGUUGUCCGCAGCAGCAGCUGAACCGGCAGCAGAGGCCGUGGCUGUGGCAGGUCAGAGUACUUACCGUCGGAUGGGGCAGCCGAAAAAGCUCAACUUCAAUCAGGACACGGGGAAAUCGAAAAUGAGCGCCCUGAGUAAGAAGAAAAACCAAUUGGUGCAGAAGGCGAUCUCGCAGAAAAAUAAAUCCGUCAGCACCGCCAAGAAGGCUGCUGUCAAAGCGGAAGAGGAGGUGCUCUCUAACCUCUGCCCCCACUGUGGCCGGGAGUUCACAUACACAGCCAGUCUGAACAAACACAUGCUCAUCAGCUGUCCGAUGAAACCUGUCGCUCCUAAAAAGGGCAAGAAAGGUUUGGCAGAAGUUAAAAAAGAGGCAGUUUCUUUAGUGGAUAAAAACGCAAACAAGAAGAAAGCUUCAGAGGAUGAUGGGCAAACGGUGCAAGAGGCUAAACCUCCAGGAAAGAGGAGAGCCCGUAGUUUGAAUGCAGCAGAGCCUGAAUCCAGCGAGGCAAGCAAAGGAAAACCCCCCACUGCGGUCGGACGAUUAAAAAGGCCUGCCUCCCUCUCUGCGCCCAUCUCUGCCCCCAGCAAAAAACCCAAAAAGGGCCAAGCUCAGGCUCUCCCUCCGCCUCCCCCAGCCCCAGACACUCCCAGUGACACAGCACAACGGCCAACAUCGAGAAUGCAGCGUGUGGGCAAAAAGCCAGGACCCAAGAGUGCAUCUGAGGUCAAACCUCCACCAAUACCCCCAACACCACAAGUGAAGAAGGAGGAGCGGGUCUCCCUCAGAAAGAGGGACAGAGCAGGUGGGCCGGUCACCAGAAGCUCACAGAUGACCAACGCUGCUCCUCCUGCUGAGGUGAAGACUGAGGAGCAACCGGUGCAAGAAACAAAAGACCCUCAGGAGGUGCCGAUGAAGUAAGCCAUGGUGUCGAGAUUCUUUCUGUGGAUUCCAGAGUUCACUCAUCAGACAAGCCCUCCAGACUCAUCAAAGACACUGCGAUGGUUUUUAUCCAUCGAAGUCAAGUCUGCCUUUUACUGGAUUAAAAGAGAGGAACUCUCUCUAUCUUCCACUUAUCUUACGGACUAAACUGAGCCUUGAAUUCUGCCAGCCUUGCAAAAAAAAAAGAAAGAUGUAGAUUGUGGUGUCAUAAUACGAACAAUUUGUGUCCUACUUGACCCAAAACAGUAAAAUUAGGGCUUUGUUUUAUUUUGUAAGCAGAUCUAUUGCAAAUGGCAAUCAUAAGUCACAUAGGGUGAAGUCACCUUUUGUUUUUUUGUUUUUCCUUUAUUUUUAUUCCUAUUUGGGUUGUUAAGGUCUUUGAUUCUCCUAAUGCAUGUGCUGAGUAGAGGAAAACCUAGAUUGAACCAGUCCUUAUGCGUCUCCCCUGUGGGCAGUACUUAUGUUUAAAAAUGAUUUGCUAAAUAUGUAUGUUUUGAUUUAUUUCUAUGUUUAUAGCUUCUGUAUUGUAGAGUGUAUCUCAUUUGCUAUUUUCAGUUGGGGAAACAUUAAGAUGGCAGAAAACAAUGUUUUUCUGCAGCAACUGGUCCUCAGGAACACUGUAAGGGUGUGGUAGAUGUCGUUAUGGUUGGAUGUGCAGCCAGACCGCUCUUCAUUUAUGUCUACAUCUCCAUGUGUCAUGAUUUUUUUGGGGUUUUGCUUUAUCCGAUGUUAGCAAGAGAUUUACACAGCAAAAUUUGUUUUGAUCUCCUUUAAAAUAUCCGUCAUUCAAACAGCCCAAUGUUCCUAUAGCGCUUUAAAACAAACUGCCAAAACUUUAAGCUGCAUCAGCAAGAUGUCUGCUGUCAAGCUCUGUUUGAUGCGCCGCGUCUGGUUUGCAGACGUUGGGAGUGUGCCCAAAACAUGAUGCAAAACUCAUCUUAAGUGCAACUUCUGCAGCUUUUCUGUUAACACAUUUCUAAACUGGUUUAAAUGGCACAUUUUAAACUCCAUGACAAGCAAAAGAAAAUUCCUUUAGAUUGUUUUGAUUUUGUUCAAGGGCCACACUCACUGCUUUAAGGAGAGAAUUUUCUUAGUUCCCAUAUGUGUCCUGUGAGUGGAGAUUUUACUUUUUAAUUUUUGGGGUCUAUGCUCAGCCUAUUUUUUUCUAUUGUAACUUCCAGGCGUACCACAGAUGAAGCAAAAGAAAAUAAAUGAAAACCCAAGCAGUGCUUUAAAGCUUCUAGCAUGUUAUUGGAAUUUAAUUUGACUGUUAAGAACUGAAGCUAAAUUAUAUUUCAGUUAAAAUAAUAAUAAAAUAAUUUUUCCUCUCAGCAUCAAGAUGAUGUAUUUAAGGAUGAACAAAGACAGAAAUUUCAAAUGACCUCAAGUAAAACAUUGCUGUAAUUCAAAUGAUGAAUAAUAAAAAGCAUUUUUCAAUUUG